GAAAGAAAGAAAGAAAGAAAGAAGAAGAAGGUAAAAGAGAUAAAUUUGGCUGUCCCCACUUUGGGUUUUUUUAAAUUUAUUUAUUUUUUGCAUGGUUAAACAACACUUGCCAAAUUCAUCUUUUUUUUUCAUUCUGUGUGUCUUCUUUUACCUGGUUGUUGUCAAGAUUGCUAAAGCUUGUUACUUUCUGAUAUAAUUAAACCCAAAAAAGAAUAGUAAUUAGUGAUCACCUAAAGCCAUUUUGUACUGUAUUAAAAUAAAGGAGAGACAGGCAAUUCAGCUUGCAGUUGGAGUUACACUACUUACAGGUAGAGCUGUGUUUUGUUGAGAAAAUUAUAAGAUUAGGAAGAAUUUUAAGAGGAUAGAUUUUUGUAUAUAUAUUUUGAAAGAGAGGGGGGUGUGGAAAGAGAGAGAUGGUGGGCUCAGGAGCAGGGGAUAGGAGCAAAGAAGCAGUUGGGAUGAUGGCCCUUCAUGAGGCCCUUAGAAGCGUCUGUAUCAACUCAGACUGGACUUACUCUGUAUUCUGGACUAUUCGUCCUCGACCGCGAGUCCGCGGUGGUAAUGGCUGCAAGGUUGGAGACGACAACGGCAGCCUGAUGUUAAUGUGGGAAGAUGGGUUUUGCCGAGGAAGAGUUGCAGAUUGUUUGGAAGAGAUGGAUGGUGAAGAUCCUGUCAGAAAAGCUUUCAGCAAAAUGUCCAUUCAGUUAUAUAAUUAUGGAGAAGGGUUAAUGGGGAAGGUUGCUUCAGAUAAGUGUCAUAAAUGGGUGUUCAAAGAGCCAACAGAAUGUGAACCAAACACUUCCAACUACUGGCAAAGUUCUUUUGAUGCUCUACCUCCUGAAUGGACUGAUCAAUUUGAGUCCGGCAUUCAGACCAUUGCUGUAAUUCAAGCUGGUCACGGUCUACUGCAAUUGGGUUCCUGCAAGAUUAUACCUGAAGACCUGCAUUUUGUGCUGCGGAUGAGGUAUACAUUUGAGUCUCUAGGCUAUCAAUCUGGUUUCUAUCUAUCCCAGUUAUUUUCUUCAAAUAGAAAUAAUUCUUCGCCGUCCUCGAUUCCCUCAAAGCAAUCUGCCAUCCCAACUCGGCCUCCUCCUUCCCUCUUCAACUGGGGUCAAAGGCCAAUUCCGUCUUCUGCAUCAAUGCUAGCAUCAGCCAAUUUUCAGAAUCCUGCUAGACUUGGAUUCCCACAAACCAAAGAUGAGACUCACAUGUUUCUCCUCCCUCAUUCAUCGGAAACACAAAUGGAAGAUAUGAUUGGAGAACAUGAAAAUGACAUUAAGUGGCCAAAUGGUUUGUCUUUCUUCAAUGCUCUUUCUGUGAGGCCUGACGAUUCCAAGCUCUUGUUUAACCCUGAGAACUUUGGAAACAAACCAGACCAAAGUCAUCAUCCCCUUAUUUUCGAGGGAAAAGAUUUGAAUCCAAAUAUAGAUGGUGGUGCAAACCUGAAUGAGUUCUUAAGCUUGGACAGUCAUCCAGAGAAUGCAAGGAAGACGGACAAGUUUAAGAGGAGCUUUACCAUGCCUGCACGGAUGGCUUCAUCGUCUACCUCAACAUCAGUCGAUCACCAUCAACAACCAAUGGAAUAUAGGAAUCCAGAGGCGGGGAUGUACAAUGAUGUUAUGGAGACCUUCUUGGAAUGAAGUUAGUAAAGGGCAAGAAGUUUUAGAUAAGCAUGCUUUUGGUGGUUCUUUGUUGCUGCAAUCUUGUGUUUGUUUUAGUUUAGUGUUCUUUUAUAUGUUGUGUUUCUUUUGUACUUCUCACAAAUUUUUGUUGUAGUUUAUCUUAACGCAAGUUUUACCAUAAAUUUUCCACUUUUGUUUUCUUUCA